CAUUAUCUAACAGAAAAUCAGUUGCCUGCAUAUUCAGUUUCAUCCAAAGUUCAGUCACAAAAUUUCAUAGCCAUGUCAGGAAGAGGCAAGGGAGGAAAGGGUCUUGGAAAGGGAGGAGCCAAACGACACCGUAAGGUUCUCAGAGAUAACAUUCAGGGAAUAACAAAGCCUGCUAUUCGUCGUCUCGCAAGACGCGGUGGCGUGAAACGAAUCAGCGGUCUAAUUUAUGAAGAAACUCGCGGUGUUCUCAAGAUCUUUCUUGAGAAUGUGAUUCGCGAUGCUGUGACCUAUACGGAGCAUGCUCGCCGUAAAACUGUUACUUCCAUGGACGUUGUUUACGCUCUCAAGAGACAGGGAAGGACUCUUUACGGAUUCGGCGGUUAGAAAAUUGGGAAUUUCUAUAUUUUAAAGCAAUUAGGGUUUCUUGUAGUGGGAGAUUUAAUGUUGAUAGAUAUAGUGUAAAAGCACAUGAGUUUUAGUAUUAACCAUGGUUUUCUGCUUUGCUACUGUAAGUUAAAUUUCGUUUUGAAAUUCAAUCUACUGAUUAAUUUGAUGAA